CGGCCGCGGCGGCCCCGGCGGCAUGAUCUCCUGAGGGGCCGAGCCUGCCCGUGCCCCGAGCCCGCCCCGCCGCACAGCACAUUUUGCAGCUGAGGCUCUGAAAUACUGGAGGACACUGCAUCUUCCUCAGGGACACGGACAAGGGGGAGCUGGAGCCUCUGGGGAGCUCAGAAAGGAAUUGUGCCUGGUGGUUGCCUGAGGAACUUACCUGCACACCAAUGUUGCUCUGAAAAGAGUUGUGUCCCACAUUCAGAUUUGGUAAGAUGCCUCAGGAACAGUACGCGCACCGGAGCACGAUGCAGACCUCGGAAGGACCCCAGGUAUACAAAGUGGGGAUUUAUGGCUGGAGGAAGAGAUGCCUCUAUUUCUUUGUGCUGCUCCUAAUGAUUUUAAUCCUGGUGAACCUUGCUAUGACCAUCUGGAUUCUGAAGGUUAUGAACUUCACAACUGAUGGAAUGGGGAACCUGAGAAUCACAGAAAAGGGUCUAAAACUUGAAGGAGAUUCAGAGUUCUUGAAACCUCUCUACGCCAAAGAAAUCCGGUCAAGACCAGGCAAUCCACUGUACUUCCAGUCUGCCAGAAAUGUGACAGUGAACAUCCUCAAUGAGAAGACUAAAGUCCUUACUCGCCUUGUAACAGGUCCCCAAGCAGUGGAAGCACACAGCCAAAAAUUUGAGGUGAAAACCCUCUCUGGAAAAUUGCUGUUUUCUGCAGAUGACAACGAAGUGGUGGUUGGAGCGGAGAGAUUGAGAGUUUUAGGAGCAGAAGGCACAGUGUUCCCUAAAUCUAUAGAAACUCCCAAUGUCAGGGCAGACCCCUUCAAGGAACUAAGGUUGGAGUCGCCUACACGCGCGCUGGUGAUGGAGGCUCCAAAAGGCAUCGAGAUCAACGCCGAGGCUGGCAGCUUGAAAGCCACUUGCAGGACAGAGCUCAGGCUGGAAUCCAAAGAUGGAGAGAUAACGUUGAACUCUGCAAAAAUCAAACUACCUAACUUGCCUCAAGGAUCUUCCUCUUCUGCAGGGUCCAGGCAAAAAAUCUACGAGCUCUGUGUGUGCCCCAAUGGGAGGUUAUUUCUGUCUCAGGCAGGAACCAGCUCGACCUGCCAGAUAAAUACGAGCGUCUGCCUUUGAGAGACAAUUUGCGGUGGGGGCAUCACAGGCAGCACAAAAGCCAGUUCUGGUCUCACAGAUUGCAGCUGCCAACUAUUUUUACUAGAACACAGAAAGCCUAUCAAAGACUUUUUUUUUUGGUGUGUGCGCGCGCGUGUGUGUGAAUAUCUAUAUAAAAAGAAGAAAAUAUAUAUAUAAAAUAUAUAUAUAUAUAUCCUCUGUGUAAAAUGAUGUUUCAGUACAAGGAAUCCCAGGGUGACCCUGUUACAUUUGUGUAGCAUUUCUCUUUCCCACACCAAAAUUUACUGGUACAAUCUGCUCAAUUGGAUUCGAUGCUCCUCUGGACCCUUCUGUACGAGUAUAGUUUACUGAUCACCCCUCGGUUUUUCGGUCGUGUUCUCAAAGCAAUAGGAUUGCUGUCUGGGCAACACCCCGGUAGGCCCAGCAAUAUACAAAGGGAAGAGCAGCAUCUCUGAUUAUUUUUGCACCACUGAAUCAGUGGCAUAAGGAAAAUAAACAAAAUAACCCCAACAAAAUAGCCAGAUUGCUAGAGUAAUCUGAGAUAACCUGAGGUGAAAUUACACUCUUCGUUUUUCACCUGAAGCGUGGUUGCCUGUUGUGAGAGAUGGAUUGCACUUGGGCAGUAGAAAAGUCUAGAUCUUGCUGGAACAGUCAUGUAUUUUUCUAGAGAGGUUUGAGACUUGUCUGUGCAUGGCCAAGGCAGCCUUGUGCUAUUCAGAUGUGACACAUUAGCUCUAACCCUACCCUAAAGUCACCUAUGUGCUAACAAAAUUGGCAUUGCCUCUGGUUCUUGGAAGGCAAAAGUUGUGACCCUGAACCUCUUUACUUAACUGGUGUCCUGGAUCCACUAGCAUCUUUGGUUUUCAGAAGAUGUGGUGUGGAGAUUUAAAAUUUGGAUGUUGCCUAUCAAUACCUAUAGAAACAGAGAAAAUGACCUGUGGUUGUACCCACAGAAACAGAGACAUUCAUCCAAACCGAGUGUGUAAUACAGGUGCUGUACCAGAGUUUCUGUCAUCUUUCUUUUCAGGAUAUACCAUCCAAGGUCACUUGGAUUUGGUGGAGAUUGCAAUUUUCAGAGAUGCUGACAAUGAGACAGCUAUUUUUUAUCAUUUAUAAAGAUUGUUACAAAGCCAGGUUACUGGAAAGCAAUGGCUUUGGAUGGUGGUUCCCCUAGAACCUGAGCCCCAAAAACUUUGUGGAUGAUUUUUUUUUUUCAUGGUUGCAAGUUUUCCUUAUUUUUUCAAGUCUAGGAGCCACUUACAGGCAGGAUAAAACACAAAGUCUUACCUGGUAACAUUACUUCCACUGCUCAAGUUUUGAACAAUAACAAGAAGAGCCCAGAUCAUUGGAUUCUGACCCAUAAUUGCAUCCACAUGCAUGUAAAAAGCCUUGGAAAAAAAACCCCACAAAUAUACUAAUUACUGCAAAAGUAGCCAAGUUGCAGUAAAACUUUCAAGGACCAGAAGGUUUCUAAGCCACCAAGAUGCUCUUGAAAAUAUUACCUCAUGUGCAACUGUGACAGAUCUGUGCCCAUCCAUUGUGGUACCUAAGCCAAGCUGGUGGUCUUCAAGCUAUCUUCAAGAUCAAAUAUAGCUGACAGAAAGAGUCAGAAACAAUUUAUCCCUUUCCAUUUUUAACAGAUUCCAUGUAUUUUCAUGUGGUCUGGAGAGUACCAGGGUUUGAUUGUUUUGUUGU